CCAAACCUUACGGUCACGGACUCGAAGAUGGCGUCGAAAUAUGCAUUCACCCAGGGGCUGAAGGAAUUGAGGUUUCUGUUCUGCCAGACGGGCGAACAAAGCGCUGCGACAAGGAAUUUCCUCACCAGAAGCUACCCUACGAUGAAGAAGCACAACCCACACACACCGAUCCUCAUCCGGGAAGCAAGCGGCACCGAGCCCACGGUCUACGCGAGAUUCGAUUUCGGAAAGGAGAAAAAGCUACCGCUCAAGGGUCUGGACGACAAGGCGAUCGAGCAACAAGUCACCGACCUAGUGAACUCGAAGUUAUAGGUGUGGCCAGGAGACGGCAGGAGCAUGCGGAAGAGACGGAGAUGAUAGAGAUGCUCGAAUGUGUACGGCGCAAAGUCGAUCCGUAACCGAUGUACAUAUACACUAUCACGAAUGAACCAGUUCUAUAUCCUAGUCGACUACGGGUGCCGUUCAUUGAGGUUCUCAAUAGGCGAACAUACGGAUGCAUGAACACUCGUAGAGUCGCCAUCUGCUGUCCUUUUUGUGCAUUCGAGGACUUUCACAAUACCAC